GACAAACUGGAAGUAUUUAAGGACGGUCGAAAACGAGAUCAAUGCACAUCUUGACAUCAUUAAAUAUUCCCAACAUGAAGGUCCUUGCUAUCGUCUUGGUUGCAUUCGUCGUCGCUCAGGCGGCUGCUAGGGACUUGUCCAAGUACCAACCGCGUUCGGUCUUGUACCCACGUCUACCAUCGAAAAAUACCAACUCCUUCGUCCCCAUCAAGCGCUCCGCCACCGUCAACACUCGCGGCUUCUGUGGACAGGCUAACGUGACAAGCAGCCGUAUUGUUGGAGGAACUGAGGCUGUCCCAAACUCUCUCCCAUGGCAAGUGGCUUUGUUCAUCGAUGACCAGUACUUCUGCGGUGGUUCUCUUAUUUCCAACGAGUGGGUUCUGACUGCCGCCCACUGUGCCGAUGCCGCUGUCUUCUUCGACAUUUACUUCGGCUCCCACAAUGUCCGUUUGACCGCCGCCGAGGAACCCACCCGCGUUGAGGUCAGGUCCACCGAAUACACCGUCCACCCUGAAUGGGCUUCCCUCCGCAUCCGCAAUGACGUCGCCUUGAUCAAGUUGCCCGCCCCCAUUGAAUUCACCCCUGAAAUCCAGCCCGUCUGCUUGGCUCCCACUUCCGAGCCCGACCAUGUCGACGAUAUCCUCCACAUCAGCGGAUGGGGCAAACCUUCCGAUGCUGCUGCCGGUAUCUCACCUGUCCUCCGUGAAGUCGAUGCUCCAUGCAUCUCCAACGAAGAGUGCGCAUUAACUUACGGCAACACCAUCCAGCCCGGAAACAUCUGCGUCAACACCACCGGCGGCCACAGCUCUUGCAACGGCGACUCUGGCGGCCCAUUGACCUUCGUCAACGGCGGCGUACACAACCAGGUCGGAAUCGUCAGUUUCGGCUCCUCCGCCGGUUGCGAGGUCGGCUACCCCGCCGCUUUCGCCCGCGUUUCCUACUUUGCCGAAUGGAUUUCAUCGGUCACUGGCCUGCUGAUCUAAACACCCCAUCACAUCGGAUUGGAUUUUAUCUUGAUUAUGUUUGAUUUUAUUGCACAUUGAAUACAAUUGAGUUGUUGUACUUGUUGAGCAAUGAAUUAUUUUUGGAUUA